GUUUCGAUAUCAUUCUAGCGAUUUUUAGUAACCAAAACUUGCCAAAUAAAACGCCUCAUGAUGAAUUUAUCGCAUAAUUUUUUAGUGAUAGUCAUACCCUAAUUCAAACAUAAAUAGAGCGAAAUUUUGCCUUCUCUCACAUCUUCGUUUUCACUUUAUUGUAAAAAUUAGAAGAAAAACCCUACUAUUUUUUACUUUAAAUAAAAAAUGACUCGUACAAAACAAAGUACCACUCCUCAUGCUCUAGUUAAGGACCGCCACCUUCAAAGGAGCGGAACAACGGAUCCAAGAGGGAAUCCAAAAAAGGAAGGAGGAGGUCCUCAUAACUGGGGAAAACCCACCGAUGUACUCGCAGAACUGGAUGAACAUUAUGAAUUUAAAGAAGAAACACCCAAGUACAAUAAAGAAAAAGUUCAAGACACGAAAGCUGCAGAGACUAACAGAGAAACCGGAAAAAUACAAGUUGUGAAGCCGGAAGAAUUUGAAAUUCUUCAUCGUGCAACCAACUCUUAAUUUCGUAAUAGCAAAAGCCAAUAGCAACAACUAUCUAUGUCUAUUAUAGUAUAAAUUUUUGGUGUAAAUUGCAAAUUAUCUCCACAUAGUUUUUCACACUAGACGUACUUUUUUGUAACAUAAAUAAAAUAUUUUUCAACUUUUUACAUAUGAAGC